AUGUCUGCCAAAAACGUAUUCGUCAAGUUGAUCGUGGGCGCCGGACAGGCGGCACCGGCUCCACCGGUGGGUCCCGCUUUGGGCUCCAAGGGUGUCAAGGCCAUCGAUUUUUGCAAAGAAUUCAACGCCAGAUCCGCCCACUACGCUCCAGGAACCCCGAUCCCAGUUCUCAUGACGAUCAAGCCAAACAGAACCUUCACAUUCGAAAUGAAACUGCCUCCUACGUCGUGGCUCCUUAUGAAGGCCGCCAAGGCCGACAAGGGCUCCGGAAGAGCCACCCACGAGUUUGUGGGAGAGACGCUUUCGUUGAAGCACAUAUAUGAGAUUGCCAAGAUCAAGAAGACCGACGAAAGACACAAGGACCUCUCGUUGCAGCAGAUAUGCGGAGGCAUUAUUCUGACUGCUGAGGCCAUCGGCGUCCGUGUCGAGCCAUAA